GCUGCAGGGCGGGGUCGGACUCCAUUUCCCGGCGGGCCGUGGGAGGUCGCGAGGCGCGCUUCGUGCGCGUCACUUCCGGUACGUGUGCGCUGACCUGGCUCUGUGGCGGUGGCGGCGGCGGGCACGAUGAAGCUCCUGCUCCUCGCCCUGUGUGCCCUGGUUCCCGUGUCCCGCUGUGAGGAUGGUGCCAGGCUCCUGGCCUCCAAAUCCCUGUUGAACAGAUACGCAGUGGAGGGCAAGGACUUGACUUUGCAGUACAACAUCUACAAUGUUGGCUCCAGUGCUGCCCUGGAUGUGGAACUGUCGGAUGAUUCCUUCCCCCCAGAGGAUUUUGGCAUUGUCUCUGGCAUGCUCAACGUCAAGUGGGACAGGAUCGCUCCAGCGAGUAACGUGUCCCACACUGUGGUUCUGAGGCCUCUCAAAGCUGGUUACUUC